GAUGCACACGGGAGUGGUGUUUAGCUUUUUAUCAGUGGCUCUUUUUGCAUGUCUAAACAACGCUUUUCCACCGCCAUGUGACAGUGAAAUAUACUGCACCGGGCCCAUCUUGCAUCAGGUACAGAAAGCGAAACUCUUUGAUGAUGACAAGUACUUUGUUGACAUGAAGCUGAGGGAAACUCCUGAUGUUGUUUUGUCUGCUUUCCGCAACCUUUCAAAUGAAUCUCCAAAUACCAGUGUGCCGCCUGCCAAACUGCAGGAGUUCCUCAGUGCAUUCUUUGAGAAACCAGGAACAGAGUUUGAGUCAUGGACACCACCAGACUGGCAAGACAAGCCAAAGUUCCUGGGAAGAAUAGCAGACCAAGAACUACAUAACUGGGCUGAAAAGAUACAUAUUCUGUGGAAGUCGCUCGGCAGAAAGAUCAGUGUUGAUGUUAAAGAUCACCCAGAGCUCUACUCGCAGAUAUACACCCCAUAUCCCAUUGUUGUGCCAGGGGGGCGCUUCAGGGAACUCUACUAUUGGGACUCCUACUGGGUCAUCAACGGGCUCCUGCUGUCGGAGAUGACCGACACGGCUCACGGGAUGAUUCAAAACUUCCUCUACCUCGUCAAGAGAUAUGGCUUUGUUCCAAAUGGUGGGCGGAUUUAUUAUGAAAGGCGCAGUCAGCCUCCAUUCCUCACUCUAAUGGUGGAGAGCUACUAUCAAGCAACCAAGGAUAAAGAGUUCCUCAGAGCAGCUUUACCAGCUCUGGAGCAGGAGUACCGAUUUUGGAUGCAGAACCGCUCUGUGACUGUGAAAGUAAAUGGAGCAGAGCAUCAACUGAACCGGUAUAAUGUUCAGGUGGGCUUGCCCAGGCCUGAAUCCUACACAGAUGAUCUGGAAUUAGCUGAAGGACUCACCGAUGUCCGUAAGGAGCAGCUGUGGAUGGAUCUGAAAGCGGGUGCAGAGUCUGGCUGGGACUUCACAUCCCGCUGGUUCAUGGACGGUGACGGCCACAACAACGGCAGCCUCGGGGAGACCAGCACUAGUCAGAUUCUGCCCACUGACCUCAAUGCUCUUCUUUGCCUCAAUGAGAGGACUCUUGCUUUAUUUCACAGGAUACUGGGUGAUGGUGACUCAGCUGCACUGUAUGACCAGAACGCAGCCCGCAGACUGGAGGCGAUAGAGUCUGUGCUGUGGGAUGCUGAGAGGGGAGCCUGGUUUGACUUCAACCUGGUGACGCACUCAAAACACUUUGAGUUUUACCCCUCCAAUCUGGCACCUGUUUGGGCACAGUGCUAUUCUCAGCCUGAGAUGGGAGAGAAGGCAGUACAGUAUCUGAAGAAGAGUGGUGCUCUCCAGUUCCCCAAUGGAGUUCCAACGUCGCUGAGAGAGUCUGGGCAGCAGUGGGAUUAUCCCAACGCAUGGCCUCCUCUGCAACACAUGCUCAUCGAUGGUUUAUCCAAAAUGCCUUCAGAGGAUGCUAAACAGCUAGCAUCUGAUUUGGCCCAGCGUUGGAUCAAGACAAACUGGUUGGCAUACAUGAAGUAUGAAGCCAUGUUUGAAAAGUAUGAUGUGAACGGCGAUGGUAAGCCUGGUGGCGGAGGAGAAUAUGAAGUUCAGCUGGGUUUUGGCUGGACCAAUGGUGUGGCCCUGCAGCUCCUGGACCAGUAUGGGGCGACUCUCACCUCAGGAAGCAGACGAAUGUCUUCAGGCCUCCUGCUGCCUCUGGUCAUCUCAGCUGCUCUCAUGCUCCAGUAAAUCAGAGGUGCCAAAAAAAUACUGGAGGUUGUAUUUUAUUAUUUCGGGUUUCACUGCACUGCAUCACUCCUUUCCACUGGCAGACUUCAAACACACACGUGGGCAUGACAAAUCCGACUAAAUUGUGCAUAUUUUUUGAACAAGAUCUGAUAUUUUUCUAAAUCACAAAUGAUCAGGAUUGCUUAUAUUUUAAGAGGGAACAGGAUAUGAUUUAUCAUCAACUAAGAAUUCCUUUGAUGAAUAUUUUAGUAUUUAUCCUCUGAGGUAAAUGAUCUCUGGCAAUAUCAGAAGAUGCAGAUCAUGUCGGCACUUUUGGACUCUCUCCAGUAAUGCGGGCUGUUGGGGCUCGCUGCUGCCUGGAUCACAACAUUAACUCAUCCCAGAUAUUAAACUGACCUUACAAACUGACAAUCAAUUAAUUAAAUUACAAAGUGUACUGCUGAACUGCAGCUUAACUCAGACCUUCUAUUUGCAUGCAAUCUGAAGUUUGAGUGUAUUGAUGAUGUUAAAAACACAGCAGUGGUUAUUAAAUUGGACUCCUCAAGACACUGUUAUUCAAUUUUUACAAAUCAACCAAGAAAUGUAGAGACUCACAUGUUAACUAAACAUCCUCACACUGACAUCACUGAGUCAAAUGCAACAUUUUGGUUGUAUCUCUUUAUCGGGCAUGAGCGGUCUAUGAUCUAUUUUCUUAAUGCCUAUGCAAUGGUGACAGCUGGGCCUAAGGCCAUCUAGUCAAUUCUCAUGAAGGCGAUAUCUCAUAAACGCCUUGAGGGAAUUAGGACAUUGGUAAUUAUCACAAGGGUGAACUGAUUAGAAUUUGGUUAGUCAAAGGUCACUGUGACCUCACAAAACAUUUUUUGGGUCCUAUCUCAAGAACUAAUUUGCUAAGUAUGACAAUGUCACACAUGUCUCAAAGGAUAAAAUUAGGAGCUGAUGGCAUUUAAGACAUACAUGGAUGUAAACUGCAAUAUGACUGGUUGGCUGAGGCUUACAACCGGGAUGCAGUAAUUCUAGUUAAAAGAUGCAUAGCGCAGGCCUAUAAGGGAGUUUGGUUCAUAACGCAACACUGAUAACAACAUUGACAAAUUCAUUGCCAUCCUUGUGGAUGCUUCCCAAAAAAAGUCACAAGAUGAAAGCUUUUAAAGGUAAACAGUAGCAGAAGAAUUUUUGUUUUGUGUAUUGUUGACAUAUUACAGCUGUGACAUGAUGGAAAGAGAGUAAACAAUAUACAGUGAAGCAUUUAACAUUGAGAUAAAUUCACGUUGGAUUACUUCCAUGCAUUGUUUUCCUGUAAUAAGUAAGUGAUUUGAAUCCAGCAUGGGAAUGGCAGAAUCUGUCACUAACAAUAAGUACACUGUAGGUACUGUUACUGUAUCUACAGUAUGCCAUAAGGAGUACUGUGAUGAUGUCGACAGUUUUUAAUUCUCAAUCCCGAAUGCUCCAACCCGUUAGGAGACUGUACUGAAUUUAAAGAUUCCUGAUUGCUUGUGUGUGUUUUUUUUACAGCACCUGUGUAUUCAGAAAAAAACGCUAAAGAUGUAUAUACAGUAUACAACACAUAUAUCUAUAGAUGGAGAGAUGGAUGUAAUUACUGACUAUAAAUGCAUUGAAUGGCUAUUGUAGAAGAAAUUAUGCCCAUUAAUGUUAAUUUAAAAAAAAGUCAAACAAAUUCUCAAGGAUUAUUACUUGAAGAUGAUACCUACGUUUUUCUCCAUUUUGGGAAAUGUAUUCUGAAAUGUUGUACCUAUGUGCUUCCCUAGUUACAUAGUUGAACUGCUUUGAAACUAAUAGUCUACUCUGAUAUUAAGGGUAAUUGUGUUCUUGCUCCAGUUUGAAAAUCAGGCUCACAACACAGAGUGAUAAGUCAACGAACUUUAUGGAGCCACCGUGAACAUUUGAUUGUAAGUCAAAUAAAUAAAAGAGACCAAGAUACAGAUAAUGCGGUUUCUGAUUGUUCCAAGCCAGCCACUCUGUUUUUGGCAUUUCUGCUUACAUCUAUGGUGAAAUGCAGGUCAAGCAUGAAAUUAAGUCCAUAUAGAUAUUCAAAUGUUUGGCAAAAAAAAGUAAUGAGAAAUUUGCCUCUUAAAGAAGAAAAUGCAUCCCUCUUGGCUGUGCAGAUAUGAGGCCCAAGCAGGGGUUUUUACAGUAUCUCUCUCCUUAGCAUGAGUGCACACAACAGAUUGACUAUGCAACUUAAAUGGGCAAAA